CGGGCCGGGCCGGAGGAGCUCCGGGAGCAGGGGGCGGGAGGCUCUGCCGGGUCCCUCCUCCCCAACCCGGCCCCUCGCCGGACGCCGCCAGGCCGCGGGUUGCGGCUUCCCUUCACUCCUGGUCCCCAGGGUUGUGGCGGCCAGACCCGAAGCGGUUGAGUGGGAUGCGGUUGACGCGGAAGCGGCUCUGCUCGUUUCUCAUCGCUCUGUACUGCCUUUUCUCCUUCUACGCCGCCUACCACGUCUUCUUUGGGCCCCGCCGCUGGCCGCCGGCCGCGACCUCGCGGGGCCUCAGGAAAGGGGCGGCUCCGGCGCGGGAGAGGCGCGGCCGAGAACAAUCUACUUUGGGAAGUGAAGAGUGGAAUCCUUGGGAAGGAGAUGAAAAAAAUGAGCACAGACAUAGAGUUAAAACUAACCUUCAAAUAUUAAAUAAAUCCAUGAAAGGAAAAGCAGACCACAGAGUACAAAUCUGGGGCAAAGCUGCCAUUGGUUUGUAUCUCUGGGAGCAUAUUUUUGAAGGCUUACUUGAUUCCACUGAUGUGACCGCUCAGUGGAGAGAAGGAAAGUCAAUUGUAGGAAGAACACAUUACAGUUUCAUUACUGGUCCCGCUGUAGUCCCGGGGUACUUCUCUGCUGAUGUGAAUAAUGUGGUCCUGGUUUUAAACGGAAGAGAGAAAGCAAAGGUCUUCUAUGCCACCCAGUGGUUACUUUACGCGCAGAACUUAGUACAGUCUCAAAAACUCCAGCACGUUGCUGUUGUUCUGCUGGGAAAUGAACACUGCGAUAAUGACUGGAUGGCCCAGUUCCUCAAAAGCAAUGGCGGCUUUGUGGAGCUGCUGUUCAUCAUAUACGACAGCCCCUGGAUCAACGAUGCAGAUGUGUUUCAGUGGCCUUUAGGAGUAGCAACAUGGCAGCCUCAGGAAACCAACAAAAGUCUUAAGAAUUACCAAGACGCUUUGCUUCAGAGCGACCUCACGCUGUGCCCGGCCGGAGUCAACACAGAAUGCUACAGGAUCUACGAGGCCUGCUCGUUUGGCUCCGUUCCAGUGGUGGAAGACGUGAUGACGGCUGGCAAAUGCGGAAACACAUCUGCUCACCAUCGCGCUCCUCUGCACCUGCUCAAGUCCAUGGGCGCUCCCUUUAUCUUUAUUAAGAACUGGAAGGAACUUCCUGGUAUUUUAGAAAAAGAGAAAACUAUAAAGGUACAAGAAAAGAUUCAAAGACGAAAAAUGUUACUUCAGUGGUAUCAACACUUCAAAACAGAACUAAAAAUGAAAUUUACUGAUAUUUUACAAAGUUCAUUUUUAAUGACUAAUAAAGGUUAACUUAAUUAUGAUGUGA